UGACAGCUCUCAUUUGUUAAAAAUUUAACACAUUUGCAUAGAAUCCACACUGAAGUGAUAAACAAAGCUCUUUUAAUAAAAAAUAUGGCUUUAAUUUUUAAAUAUUAGGAUACAUUUUUUUACCUUUUCUACACAGUAUGAAGCAUUACAAGUUAAAUACGCAUCAAAAGUCCUACAGUGAUGCUGAUUUACUGAUAAAUCAGAAAGAGCAUCCUGACACUAAAUUGGGCGAUGUAGUCGAGGUCUAUGACCGAGAAGAUGAAAAUACUCGGUUGCUCCUACAAAUUACGAAAUUCAAUGAUCUUAGGCGCGAUGAAAUCAGCAUUGAAGCAGGCAUAGCCACGCAGUUCAAUUUAAGGAAGUUUGCGUACGUAUUUAUGCGUCGCGUCAAUGCAAAUGAUGUAGCGCUUGACUCUAUUGAGAUAACGUUUAAGGAUCAAUACAUGGGUAGAUCUGAAAUGUGGCGUUUGAAAACGUAUUUGACGAACACUUGCGUUUACAUUAAUAAGAAAAUCGAAAAUAACGAAAUGCAAAUACGUUGCCAAGUUUAUGAGAUGUGGGCUCAGGGUGAACGUGUAUCCUGCGGCGUUAUCACAGAGGACACAAAAAUUGUGUUUCGUAGCAGCACAUCAAUGGUAUAUUUGUUUUUGCAAAUGUCAUCCGAAAUGUGGGAUUUCGAUAUACACGGUGAUUUGUAUUUCGAAAAAGCAGUUAAUGGUUUCCUCACUGAACUUUUUCACAAAUGGAAAAAGUUAGGCUGCAACCAUGAAGUAACCAUGGUAUUGUUCUCUCGAACAUUCUAUGCAGCGAAGUCUCUUGAUGAGUUUCCGGAACAUAUGCGUGACUGUCUUCAGUUGGAUUAUAAGGGUCGUUUCUAUGAAGAUUUUUAUCGUGUUGCUAUCCAAAAUGAGCGCAAUGAAGAUUGGUGUACCGUACUAACGCAGCUACGUAAGCUUUUCACCUCAUACGAAUCGACAGUAUUACGCUAUCAUGAGCGUGAAGGGGUGUGUAUACCUACAGCUAGCAAUUCCACAGCGGCUCAAGGCAACUUUUUGGAGGUCUUAAAUAUUUCCUUGAACACCUUCGAGAAACAUUAUCUGGAUCGUACCUUCGAUCGAACUGGUCAGCUGUCGGUAGUGAUCACACCUGGCGUUGGAGUAUUUGAAGUUGAUCGGGAAUUGACGAACAUAACUAAACAAAGGAUAAUUGAUAAUGGUGUUGGCAGUGACUUAGUAUGCGUAGGCGAGCAACCUUUACAUGCCGUUCCACUUUUGAAAUUUCAUAAUAAGGAUACUUCAUUAACAUCAGCAGAUGAUUAUUCACUACCACAUUGGAUUAAUCUGAGUUUUUACUCUACUAAUAAAAAAGUGGCUUAUUCAAAUUUUAUACCGCGCAUCAAAUUGCCCCCAAUCGUUGCAAACGUUUCUUUGAAUGAGGAAGACAGGGAAAGUGAAAAGUAUUUUUUAAGUUGCAAUCAAUCGGAGUAUAUACAUAAUUCCUUGUUUGACUAUGAUGCUUAUGAUGAUCAAAUAUUUCAACCACCGCCAGCGCAAGGCACUUGUUCUUUACAACGUGUGAUACGAGCCAAAAAGACAUCUGUGCCAAGUUUGGAGACGUCUGUAUACCGAAAUCAUGACUGGGAAAAUUUAACACCAACAAAAAUACCAAAUUUACGACGUAAAAUGUCCGAUCCUGACAUAUAUCAUGGCACUUCAGGAAUGUUAGCGGCAUUGACUGAUUCGUCAAACUUAUCUGAAUCAUUGGCGUCCGAUAAAAAUGCGCGUCGUUCUAUUGUUUCAAUUGCUCCUAUUGUUCGUCCUGGACGGGCAUUGAUCAAUCCAUUUGAUCCAUCGCAUGUUACAAUCAAACUUACAUCAAAUCGUCGGCGUUGGACGCACAUAUUUCCAAAGGGGCCAACGGGUGUUUUAAUACAGCAACAUCAUUACCAAGCGGUCCCUGCUAAACCGCAUAACAUCAGCUAUAGCAAUAUUAUUAAUAAUGAUAGUGAAUAUGCACUUGGAUAUAGCACAUAUGAUUAUGAUCACACAUCUACAUGUUCUUCGUUGAAUAAGUCAAUUGCAUCCUCUAAUGAAGGCGAAAAAAUUGAAUUAUUCAAAAAACGAAAUAACUCAAUUUUGAAUAAUAGCCCCGUUAAUGUAACAACCGGCGCUGCAGUACCCACAAAAAGUUAUCUGUGGGGUGCCACUGGUGAACAGGAGUGGACGCCAGCCAUAACGACAGUGAAUGCAAAAGCGGGAAAACAAUUAAAUCCCAUAGUUGAAACAGAAGCUCCAUUUGAUAAUGAGUGCGCAAACGCAGAUGGCAGAGGAAAAAUAAUAAUAGGUUUGCAAUAUAGACAAAUACAUAUUACUGCAAAUGUUCUCGUAAUAUUUUAACAAGUUGCACCAUUAUUUUUAAAAGGCUUAAAUUGUACAAAAUCGUUAAAAGCA